GUUAACACAAUAGCUUGUCCCUCUGCAUCCUGCUGAAUUCCAAAGCCAGAGCCCUAAAAAAAAAAAAUGCUUUUUUAGGCAUCGCUGAGCUCACUAGCAGAGGUCUGCUUGAGUACUAUGCAGAUCUGCAGGAUUAUACAGAGCAGAGAGAAGAUGAUAAGACAUUGCCCCAGUGACUUGCCAAGUGGAAAGAGCCAAGAGCUCGGUGCUGCAUACCGGCAUCCAACCUCCCUUCUGAGCAUCGGUGAAGGAAAAGAGAAGCUGGCGUCCGCUUUUGCCACGCACAGGUGUGGACGACACAACAGAGACUUAAAAGAGGAGCAGCAGCAGCUGAGGAAGAAGAUUAACAGCCGGGAGAGGAAGAGAAUGCAAGAUCUUAACUUGGCGAUGGACGCCCUGAGAGAAGUCAUCAUGCCAUACUCUGCCACCCACUGCCAGAGCUCACCAGGUCGGAAGCUGUCCAAGAUUGCCACCCUCUUGUUGGCCAGGAAUUACAUACUGCUUCUUGGAAGUUCUCUUCAAGAAUUACGAAGAAUCAUCGGGGACAUGAGCGGCCCAGCACCCAGGUUGCUCCUUGCUGGUCUGCCACUCUUUGCAGCUCCGGGGUCUGUGUUCUUGGCACCUGGCAGCAAUGGAGAGACUCAGUGCUCGGGCAAGUUGCACUCCUUGGCGGUGGAGGAGCAGCCAUGCUCAGCCUUCACUGUGCCCGGAGGGAGUAACGUUUGUGCCUGUUCCGCCUGCAGGUUCAGUCACUUCGUUCCCAGCAACCUCAACAUGAAGGCUGUACAACUGCCCAAAUAGACAAAACCUCAUGAAGGCCAAGGAACUUUCAAAGUGCUAUGGGUGGACAUUAAAGAUGCAGCAAUGCUAGCCACAAACUCUGCCAAGUCUGCAACCAAAAU